AUGACGCCGAUGGAAAGGAUGAAAGCAGCAUCGCGAAGAGCUCAAGACAGAUUGAACGAGCAACGAAAAGAAUACGAGGCAAACGCUACGCAAGGAGGCCUAGCCCCUUCCAGCGCCUUUGGUAGAGAAUUGAAGCGUAAAGCAUUCCAGCCAACCGGCCUCCUCGUUGAAGAUGCGUUCGAGAAGCGGAAUCCCUCGAACAUGGAACAGGCUCUCAAUCCGCGUCCAGCGGCCCGCUUGAGAUGGCAGCGCAAGAUGGUCAUUCGAGAAAUCAAACACCGCGGGCGUCUGACGAAGGAGAUGAAAAUCGCCCGGACUGAGCGCAGUCACAUGUCCCGGUCCCAUUUUUUCAAGACUUCGAUGAAAAAGCUGGCUCCGCUUGCUCGCCAGAUCGCCGGCAAAUCCAUCGACGAGGCGAUUCUCCAAAUGAGGUUUUCGAACAAAAAAGUAGCUCAGGACGUCCGUCAGCACCUCAUCCAAGCCCGCAACGAGGCCGUCGUUGUCAAGGGCAUGGGUCUGGGUCGGGCUGGAUCAGAGACUGAGAACAACAACACGGAACUACUCCAUUCAGAUCCGAGCGAGACACCGCCGCUACCUCACCAGACACCGCUGAAGACCUACAAAAAGGGUGUCGCACCUGACCCGACUGACAUGUACGUCGCCCAGGCAUGGACCAACCGUGGGCCCUACGGGCAAGAACCGGACUAUCGGGCCAGAGGCCGAAUGUAUAUCAUGAGACCGCCGCACACCGGCAUCACCGUGCUGUUGAAAGAAGAGAAGACAAGGACAAGAGAGAAAACAGAGAAAGAGGCAAGGGCGUUGAAGAAGAGACUGGGCAAGAACAUGUGGGUGCAUUUGCCCGAUCGACCGGUCACUACGCAGCGCCAGCACAUCUUGUGGUAG